UUUUGCGAGCAAGAAGAGCGCAUUCGAAAACAAGAAGAACUUGUACGUCAACAACACGAUCAAAUUCGUAAACAACAAGAACUUUUUCGAUAACAACAAGAGGCUUUUCAUCGAGAACAAGAGCUAUUCCGUCGACAACAAGAAGAAUUGAUGAGAAAGAUGUUUCAAGAACAAUAUAGUUGGUGGGGAUCUUGUGGAGCUCCUUCAAGAUCGAACUCCGGAGAACAAUAACAAGAUGCUCGUGAGCAACUAAUCGAAGGAUGUGUUUAUGUACCACAACCGCCAACAUCCUAUUAUGUACCGGACCCACCAUUAGAACCGCCUCCUAUGCCUGAGGUAAUAAAUUUAAAUAUACAGGGAAAACUUAUUGUGUGUUUAUUGGAUGGUUAGGUUAAUAUUAUAGGAAAAAUGCUGUCUAAUUAUUUCUAAAAAUUUUUUUGUUCAUAUCGAUAUGUAUGAAUUAUACUUUGUGUGCAGCGCCAUAAAUGUCGAUUAGCCAUACAAUCUAGAGAUAAUAUUGUUGCACUUGGGUUUCAUCUUGAUACUAGACCAAAUGACUUCAAUGUAGACAUGGGUGAUAUUGAUUGCCAUGUGACCAUCCAACACCCUAUUAAAGGAGCAACUCCAUUGCCUUACCCCAUGGUUGACAUGGAUGUGUGUGUAGUUUCUCAAGCUACUGGGGUUGUCAUAGCAUGGCCCAAAUAUUUGGUCAUAUUUCAUGAUUGGACCGAUCAGGAUGCUUUAAUUACCAAAUCAAGACACUCAGCGGCACCCUUAACCCAACAACAACAAGAGCCUACACGUCGUAUUCGUGAACCUCUGUCACAAGAAGUGUAACAACCUGUAAUAAGAGGUCAUUACUUGAAUGAGGUUUAUAAAAUUAUAUCAACGUGGCCUAACAAUGCGAAUGUGAAAGUAUCCAUUGAAAGACACAUAUUUGAUCUAGAUAUGUCAGGCUUGUAUAUAUCGAACGAAGACAUCUUGGACUUUAUUUUCAACAAAAAGAUUGGGCAAGGUAUCAUCACGUGCUACAUGAGGAUACUAUAUCAAUGGCUCGUACAACAUAAUCGCCAACAAUUGUUUUCAAUUUGUUAAUCCGAAUGAAGUAGCAGCUCGUUUUACAUCGCUUGAUGCACGUGUCUCUUCUUUGUAUAGACGUAUAAAAAAAAAAUGUCAAAUAAUCAGCAGUACAUGGUCACUCCUUGGAUUGAUGGUGAGCAUUGGAUGUUGAUAUUAUUGGUGCCCGACUCUUAUUGGUUAUGUUUCAUGGAUCCUAAAAACUCACACUUGAGUAAUCGACCUGAUAUUAGAGAAACGGUCACAUUGGCAUUUCAAACUUACUACAGGGCGAUAAGGAAAGAAAUUCCACUGAAGCUAAAAGUUCGACGCCCAACUUGUCCACAUCAACCGGAAGACACUGAAUGUAGAUAUUAUGUAAUGAAGAUGAUGAAAGAUUUAAUUCAAGCUUCGAAUCAAAAACACUUUUUGGCCGAGUUAAGUGAUGCAAAGUAUACAGAAGAAGAAAUUGAUGAAGUGAAAGAGCAUUGGGCAAGUGAGACGUUAUCAGUUAUUCAAACUUACUGACGUUAGUUAUUUUUUUUUUUAAUAGGGCAAGUGAGAUGUUAUCGAUUAUUCAAACUUACCGAUGUUAGUUGUUUUUUGUUUUAAUAGACCAAUAGUUAUUAUAUAAUUUUAUAGUUAUGGAUUUAUUAGUAUAAUGAACUAAUAUGUAAUAUUUAUUAAUUUUGUUGAUGUGAAUUAUUAUAAUGGUCUAAUUUAUA